AUGUGCCAGCAGCUCUUGGCCAAGAUACGUGUGCCCUUGCUCGUUGUCAAACGCCAUCGGAACACUGGGAUAUCUUUGAUCGUCUUUGCUUGUUUUUGUUCCGUUUGUCUGUCCGUCCGUCUCUUUUUGUCUGCUGACGGGCCGGCUGACAAAGCCAAGAAGGAGGCCGAUGAUUCCGCCGUGAAGGCCGCGGAGUCGUCCGACAAGGACAAGGAAUCCAAAGCUGAGAAGAUCGCUGAGUCCGCAAGCAAGGAGCAAGCUUCCGCAGACAAGUCGGGGGAGGAAGCUGCAAAGAAGGAGGCGACAAGCAAGGGCAAGACACAGGCCACCAAGGAGGAUACCAAGAAGGACGCGGAGGCGAUCAAGGAGAAACCGGCAACCGCCAAGAAGGUAGUAGAGACGGCAAAGGAUGAACCCAAGCCGGCCAAAGCAACUGCAGAACAGGCGGCUAAGGACAAGGAUGAGAAUGAGACCAAAGAUACAGCAAAGACGUCCGAAAAGGCAUCCGAAGCUGCCAAGGAGAAAGCGGACGCGAAGUCCGAAAAAGCAGAUGCCGCCAAGGAAAAAGAAGAGAAGACUGAUGAAAACGAGGAGAAAGCACCAGCAGCAGUACCUGCAGCUGCACCUGCAGCAUCACCAGCAGCAGCACCAGCAGCAGAAGCAGUUGUCGACAAGAAAGAGAAGGACAAAGCGAAGGAAUCCGCCGACAGUGGCUCGGGCACGGUCGCGACAACCAGCACUACGCUGUCCGUCUACGAUGCACCCAACGUCCAGAAGGUCACCACCACCAUUGGACCCGUCGACAAUGAGACUUUGAGUGCCUAUAUGAAGGAGUGUGCGCAGCAGCUCAAGGCCAUUGUCAAGAAGGCGGAGUCCUACUACACGCACGAGCAGCUGGUUAUCGCACUUCGUCAAGAGUGUGACCUGGACAAGGAGUUCCCCACCGUGCGCAAGGUAUUUUUCGACCAUCGCCGGGACUGUCGCAAGUUCGCGGAGGAACUUGGUGCUGCUCGCGAGGCAGAGCUGAAGGGCGAUACCAACGCCUAUAGCGAGUGUUGCUGGACCGCAUGGCAGGAAAAGUCGCAGGCACCAUGCCAGCACUAA